GCAUAGUGCCAGACGCAACGUACGAAUGUGAUUGUUUGAAUUUACUAUUCCACUACAGUGAAACAUAGUACGUGUACAGGCAAUGAUUUCGUAGUAUAUACGCAACGUUUGGUGUCGCGUCAUUAUUUUCAGAAGAAUGGAAGGUGAAGUAAAGAUUAUUGUUAAAUGGAGCGGAAAAGAAUAUGAGCUUCCGGAUAUACAACAUGAUGACACUGUCUUAUCUUUAAAAGAGCGUAUACAUAAGCAUACGGGCGUCCUCCCCGAACGUCAAAAGUUGUUGAACCUCAAAUUCAAAGGCAAAGCAGCUCAGGAUGCAGAUAUUAUAGGGAAAUUGGGCCUGAGGCCAGGCUUCAAGCUUAUGCUAAUGGGAUCCACAGAAGAGGACAUUGCAGAAGUAAGUCAUGCUCCGAAAGAUAUGCCAGAUGUAGUUAACGAUUUAGAUAUCGAGGAAGAGGAAGUGGAAAUUGAGAAUGCAGAGAUUUAUCUUUCCAAAAUUCAAAAGAGAAUUGAACAUUAUUCCAUCACAGAAUUAAAUCCACUUAGGGAAGGGAAGAAACUUUUGGUAUUGGAUAUAGACUAUACCCUUUUUGAUCAUAGAUCAACUGCAGAAAGUGGAGUAGAGUUGAUGAGACCAUAUCUCCAUGAGUUUCUAAUGGAAGCUUAUGUAGAUUAUGAUAUAGUAAUUUGGUCAGCAACUAGUAUGAGGUGGAUCAAUGAGAAGAUGAAGUUACUUGGAGUCUCGAAUCAUCCUCAUUACAAAAUAGCAUUUCACCUUGAUUCUUUAGCUAUGAUCUCUGUUCAUACACCAAAGUAUGGUUUAGUUGGAGUGAAGCCUCUUGGUAUUAUCUGGGGAAAGUAUAAACAGUUCUCUGCAAAAAACACCAUAAUGUUUGACGACAUUAGGAGGAAUUUCGUUAUGAAUCCACAAUCAGGAUUGAGAAUAAAACCUUUCAGGCAUGCACACCUUACCAGAAGCAAAGAUAGGGAGUUGCUGAAGUUAUCAGAGUAUUUAAAAUUAAUAGCUAAAGUCGAUGACUUUCAAACUCUCAAUCACAGGAAAUGGGAGGAAUAUAAAGCUAAGAAAGCUAAACAAGAAAGAAGAAAUGAGACCAACAAUGAGUAAAAUUAUUGAGAAUGUUAAGUACUUGUUAAAUUUUAUGAAUCUUCUCACUAUUUAAAAACCAUUUAGAAUCCAUCAUUAACUACCAUAAAGAUAAUAAUGAAAAAAAAACCAUUAAAUUGUGUAUAAAGAGAAGGAUAAAAAAGAUAAAAGCAUAUGUAAUGCUUAGAAACAUAUAGAAAUUUUAAGUAUUCUUCCAUUGAACGAUGAUCUUAAUGAUGGAUAAUGAUUUUAAUUAAUCGUUAUUUACAGCGCUUCAAGUUUUCAUGCUACACUGCGUAAAUUCGCAUAUUUUCACAUGCUUCUUUGUAUUUAUGACGUACUUAUGAGUUACAUGAAACAUGUACAAAAUGUGUAAUCAAAGAUAAUCUAAAUAAAGCCUUUGUACUAUAAACAA